AUAACCUGAGCUAUUUUAGUUGUGGAGGAUUCGAUUGGUUGCUUGACUAUAAGCGAUAUGAGUAAAUUGCAUCGGGAUCACAAGAUAGUCAUCAUUGGCGCAGGAGCAUCGGGAAUUGCGUGUGCCACCAAACUGUUGGAAUAUGGCUUCCAGAAUGUGCUCGUUGUUGAGGCAGAGUCGCGCUUAGGUGGGCGAAUACACACGAUACCCUUUGGGGAUAAUGUCAUCGAUCUGGGUGCACAGUGGUGCCACGGGGAGCAGGAUAACAUUGUGCACGAUCUGGCCAGCAAGCAUGGCCUGCUGGAGUCGACGGGCCCCGUCUAUGAGAACUAUCAGUGUGUGCGCAGUAAUCGUGAGGUGCUCCCGGAAAGUGUUGCAAGCAGACUGAAGGCAAUUGUUGGGGACUCAUUGGUUACGCGGCAGUUGGAGCUGCAGCACUGCAGCGGCUCCCUGGGCAGCUAUCUGGCCAAUAAGUUUUAUGAGAUGCUGCGCCGGCCGGAGAACGCGGAUAUUGAUCAGAUUAUUGCUGGGGAAUUCUUUGAUAACUAUCAGAAAUUUGAGAACUCUGUGGAGGCAUCCGAUACACUGGAACAGGUGUCGGGACGUGGCUACCUGGACUACUGGGAGUGCGAGGGCGACAUUCUGCUUAACUGGAAGGACAAGGGCUUUGUGGAGCUGCUGCGUCUGCUCAUGCGUAGUCGCGAAACGGAACCGGAUACAGAGAUGGAUUUGGGCAUUUUGGAGCAGCGAGUGCUCUUCAAUAGCACCGUCGCCAAGAUCAUUUGGAAUCGCAAUGAUGCGAGAGUGGAACUGCAGCUAAGCAACGGCGACAGUUGUGUGGCUGAUCAUGUGAUAGUUACCGUCUCCUUGGGCGUGCUCAAGGAGCAGCAUUUGCAGCUCUUCGAGCCCAAGUUGCCGGUGGCCAAGCAGCGACCCAUCGAGGGACUUGCUUACGGCACGGUCAACAAGAUCUUUGUGGAGUUUCCGCAGGCCUUCUGGCCGGAUGACUGGACGGGCUUUACGCUGCUGUGGCGUGCCGAGGAUCUGGUCGAUAUACGUAAUACACCACGUGCCUGGCUGGAGGAUGUCUUUGGCUUCUAUCGAGUUAGCUAUCAGCCACAUGUGCUCGCUGGCUGGAUAAUUAAUGCCAAUGGCAGGCAUAUGGAAUCCCUGCAACCGGAUGAGGUAUUAGCUGGCUGUAUGUAUCUCUUCCGACGGUUUCUACACUGGCACAUACCGGAACCGUUGAGUUUUCGCACCUCCGCCUGGCACACAAACCCCCACUUUCGUGGCUCCUACUCCUUUCGCUCCAUGGACACGGAACGUCUCGGCACCGGAGCCAGUGAGCUGGCGCAACCACUAACCGUGGUCACCAUGACACCUCAAUCCCCCGGCAGAAAUAAGGGCGGACCACAGCAGAGUCGCUGUGAUAAGCCCAUUGUACAGUUUGCGGGGGAGGCGAGCAGCGAGCAUUAUUAUUCCACGGUGCACGGCGCCGUGGAGGCGGGUUGGCGUGAGGCCAAGAGAUUGGCGGACUUUUAUGGAUUGAGCGAGACAACGACAACAACGACAACAACAACAACAACGACGACGGCGACGACCCGGUCGCAGCUAUAACAAUGAGUUUUCUGGCCCCUCGGGGCCCUAUUUUGUAAGUGCAAUAAUGUGUUAAAGUAUAAACUGAAAAACUGAUUAAACUAAUGAUGAGUUCUCUCCAUCAACUCAAUCAAUCAA